AUUCCCAUGAUAGUUUAGAAACGAACUUUGAUCCGCACACGUUUUAAGAUGGCCUCGUCGACCGAAUUUAAUAAUAUCGACGAGAUUUUGGGCAAAUUGUCCUUAGACGACCAGGCGAAGAUAAAAGGGGUGCUCUAUGGAAAGGGGUGCAGGAUAAUCGAGCUCCCGGGCGAAGUGCGCGAUGUAGCCGAAAGGGCCGGAAUGGAAAUCGCGGGGUAUGGUUUUCCGGGGAAAAAGGAGCAGGUACGUCCUCCGCGUGUGGUGCGAGUGGGCGCCUUUCAAAACAAGCUCCCGAUGGCGACGACGGCCCCGAUCGCCGAGCAGCGUUCCGCCCUGUUCCAAAUGGCGAAGGUCGCGAUCGCAGUUGCAUCUAAGGCGGAAGUGAACGUCUUCUGCUUCCAAGAGGCUUGGAAUAUGCCUUUCGCGUUUUGCACGAGGGAAAAGGAGCCCUGGUGCGAGUACGCCGAGUCGGCGGAGGAGGGACCGACGACCAAGUUUUUGCAAACGCUGGCAAAGCAGCACAAUAUGGUCAUAAUAUCGCCAAUAUUGGAAAGAGACGAAAUCCACGGCGACGUUCUGUGGAACACGGCGGUUGUCAUCGACAAUCAUGGCGACGUGCUCGGGAAGCACCGGAAGAACCACAUCCCACGCGUGGGGGACUUUAACGAAUCGGCCUACUACAUGGAGGGCAACACCGGCCAUCCCGUUUUCCAGACCGAGUUUGGCAAAAUCGCCAUUAACAUUUGCUACGGAAGACACCACCCCCUCAAUUGGCUGGCGUUCGGGUUGAACGGGGCGGAGAUCGUCUUUAAUCCAUCUGCGACCGUCGGAGAGUUGAGCGAGCACCUGUGGGGCAUCGAGGCGCGCAAUGCGGCGAUCGCGAACGGUUACUUUUCGGUCGCGGUCAAUCGGGUCGGUACCGAAACAUUCCCCCACCCCUUCACUUCUGGCGACGGUGGGGAGCCGCACACCGAUUUCGGCAACUUUUACGGGUCCAGCUACGUGACGGCCCCCAACGGAGUUCGGACACCGGGCCUCUCCCGUCUGCGCAACGGUCUCCUCGUGACGGAGCUCGACUUGAACCUCUGCCGGCAAGUCAGAGACCACUGGGGCAUUCAGUUAACCCAACGCCUCGACCUCUACGCUUCCACCCUAAGCGAGGCCACAAAAUUGGACUUUGUACCCCAGGUCAUACGAAAAUAAAACCUACAUCAACUUGA